CCAGAAUGACCAACUGAUGAAUGUGAGAAAGGAGUUCCUCCAAACCUGAUGAGUUGACACCAGCAGACCCUUCUACCACCACUACAGCAGGUUUCUUGGUUUCACAGCUGGGCUGAUACCCAGGUGACCAUGGCUACAGAAUAUGAAAAAGAUCACAUCAAAAAGCUGCAGGAGCAGCGUAUGUCCAUGCAAAAGAAAACCUUCACCAACUGGAUGAACAAUGUCUUCUUCAGGAAUAAUGUAAGGGUUGUGAUAGAAGAUAUUUAUACAGAGCUGAAGGACGGCAUUUAUCUCAUGCAACUCCUGGAGCUGCUCUCUGGAGAAUCUUUGCCCAGACCAAACAGGGGAAAGAUGAGGGUGCAUUUUCUGGAGAACAAUAGCAAAGCCAUUACAUUCCUGAAAUCCAAGCAGGUGCAAGUAAAAGUGAUUGGGCCUGAGAAUAUCGUAGAUGGUGACAAAACCUUAAUCCUGGGACUUAUCUGGAUCAUUAUACUCAGAUUUCAGAUUUCUUCUAUCAAACUUGACAAGGAAGAAUUUGGAGGCAGAGCUGAUUUUCUAUUUGCCAAUGAAGCCUUACUCAUCUGGUGUCAGCAUAAAACUGCCAGCUAUUCCAAUGUGAAUGUGAAGGACUUCUCCAAAAGCUGGAGUGAUGGGCUGGCCUUCAACGCACUCAUUCAUGCUCACAGGCCUGAUCUUAUCCACUACAGUUCCCUGCGGCAGGACCAGCCUGUCAAAAACCUGAACAACGCCUUCAAUGUUGCAGAGAAAGAGCUAGGAAUCAGUAAACUGCUGGAUGCUGAGGAUGUGGCCGUACCCCACCCAGAUGAGAGAUCCAUCAUGACCUAUGUGUCACUCUAUUACCACUACUUCUCCAGACUGAAACAAGGCCAGACAAUCCAAAAGCGACUUGCCAAAAUCGUGUCCUUCCUGAAGGAGAUAGAUGACUUGAAGCUUCAGUAUGAGCAGAUGGUCUCUGACCUCCUGAAAUGGAUUAAACAGAAAGUGAUGGAGCUGGAUGAUCAUCAUUUCCCCAACACUCUUCAAGAAAUGUGGCUGCUUAUGGCCAACUUCAAGACCUUUCGCACUGUGGAGAAGCCCCCCAAAUACCAAGAGAAGGGUAUGAUUGAAGCUCAUCUCUUCAACAUCAGGACCAAGCAGAGAGCCAACAACCAACGGCCGUACCUACCCCCAGAAGGCAGGACGCUGCAGGAUGUGGAAAAGCACUGGAUUAUCCUGGAAAAGGCAGAGCACAACCGGGGAAAAGCACUGCAGAAGGAGAUGUUGAGGCUAGAGAGGCUGGAACAGCUAGCUCAGAGGUUCCUGAAGAAGGCAGCCCUGCGUGAGUCCUACUUGGAAGAUAUGAAGAAAGUGCUUGGGAAGCAGGACUUCUGGCCAGAAAGUGCAGACAGGAUGGAGGCUGCGAGUAAGAAGCUAGAAGCCAUUGCAGCAGAUGUGUUCCCCAGGAGGGAACGCUUCACAGAUUUGGCUGAAAUGGCUGCAGUCAUCAGCCAGGAGAACUAUCAUGGCAAGGACCAAAUCAAGAAGAAGCAAGACAGCAUUUCAAAACAGUGGCAGGAUCUUCUGGAUCAGCUGCAGAGACGACAACGCUCUCUGGGUGCAAUGCAGGAAAUUCUGGGCCUCCUGAGGGAUACUGAUGCCAUUACGGAGGAGCUGAAAGAGUUGCAGGCACUAGUGAGUUCCCAGGACUGUGGGAAGCAGCUCUUGGAAGUAGUAGAUUUGCUGCAGAAUCACGACCUGGUUGACUCACAAAUCUCUUCCUAUGAUGAUAAAUUGACAUAUAUCACCCAAAGGACAGCAGAAAUCAGCAAGGACAGCGCAGUCAAACCAGAAGUGCUUUUCGCGAAAGUUCAGAUGCUCCGUCAGCUGUAUCAGAACCUUGUAGCUCUGAGCAAGACACGAAAAUCUCAGCUGGAGGAGGCCUUGAAGCUUUUUGAAUUCUUCCGUGACUGCAAGGAGGAAGAAGCUCUCGAAGCGGAGUGCAACUCCCACAGGGCAGUUUGUGCAAACGUAGUGAGGAGGGGCUGGGAGCUGAGCCAGAAGAACCACGCACACAAGGAGGACAUCCUGAGGCAGACGGACAACCUCCAGAAGCUGUGGCAGCAGCUCCAAGAUGAAGUGGCUGAUCGCAAAAGCCGUCUGCAGGCAGCAGCUCUCAUCAAACAGUAUUUUGCUGACAUUGAUGAAGCAAAUUCAUGGCUGCAAGAAAGACAGCCUCUUCUGGUCAGCAAGGACUAUGGAAAAGAUGAAUCCAGUGCCGAAGCGCUGUUGCAUCGGCACUUGCGUCUGGAGAAGGAGAUUGCAGCCUACUCCUCGGAGAUGAGACGCCUGCAAGAACAGGCCAACGUUGCGGCAGAGCAAGCACCAGCUGCAAUGGUGAAGAUGGAAGCUCCAAGUGACUUAACUCAGAAGACAACUAAGCUAUCAUUCAGUCGAACCUGGGCUACAUCUGACACUUCGUUUCCUGGUACUCCCAGUCAAGAUGUUCAUUUUGUUCCAGAGAACAUCUGGAAGACCCAAGAGGAAAUAGACUCACUUUAUGAAAAUCUGCAGAGCAUGGCUGAGGACAGAAAGAAGACUCUGGAGGACACGAUUGGAUAUUACCGUUUCUGUAGUUCAUGUGAAGAAUUUCAGGCAUGGAUGAAAGAAAAAGAGAACAUUUUCCGGACUCUUCGACCUCAAGCAGACAAUGUGGAGGUCAUGCAGCAGAAAUACCAGAGCUUUUUAGUGGAACUGGCUGCAGGGAAGGACCAGCUGGGAGAUAUUGAAAAAUUAGCUGGUAAAUCUGCAACAAGAAAUCCCAGCAAAUAUUCUGAGAUCCAAGUUUGGCUGAAAGAGAUCAAUAGCAGGUGGGAGCGCAUGGAAUCUUUGAAGGAGGAGAAGGGCUCGGAGCUAAUCGGGGUGGCGGAUGUGAAGACUUUUCUUCAAGAUUGUCAGAGCAUAGGGGUGCUCCUGCAAGACAAGAUGGUUCAACUCACAGGUCUGGAACCUGGACACUCACCUGCUGGGCUGGAGUCAGACAAGCGCAAACUGUCUGCAAUUGAGAGAGAGGUCCUAGUGAUGGAGAGAAAAAUUGAAUACUUGAGGAGUGUAGCUAAAUCGAUUAAGGACACCAACCCUGCAGAGAGCAGGGCUAUCACGGAGCAGGUGGAAAACAUGGAGAGGCUUCUGAUAAAGCUAAAGUUGGAUACGAAAAAGAAGUGGGACAUUCUGCAGCAGGCCCGAAAUCAGCAGUCCUUCCGGCAAGAUAGCCGCAGGCUCCUCCUGUGGGCAGAAGGCAUCAGGGAGAAGCUGAGAAGUGAAGAAAUGGGCGUGGACAUGGCUUCUGCAGAGCAAUUGCUGAAGGAGCAUCAGGACCUGCUGAAAGAAAUUAGGUCUCAGAAGCAAAGAUUUGUGCAACUGGAAGAGCUAGGGCGCAAGGUAAUCCACGAACAACCCAGUAACAGUAGGACCGGGGAGGUCCACCAGUCCAUGGAGAGGCUGGCUGAGGAAAACAAAUUGCUGGAGAAGAUGUGGGAGCAGCGACAGAAAAAGCUGCAGGAUGGCCUGGAAUUGCACAAGUUCAACAGGGAGGCAGAUCGCAUCAAUGCAGCCCUCUCCAGCCAUGAGGCCUUUCUCCGGGGAGACGACCUUGGGGACCAUGUGGAUGCUGUUCGAAGCCUGCUAAAGCGUCACGAGGAAUUUGAACGACUGCUGAUGGUGCUGAAGAGACGAGUUGAGGCACUUAAUGAGAAUGGGGGGAAGCUAACAGAGAGCAGACACUUUUCAUCUCGCAUUAUUGAAGAGCGAAUGGCUACUCUCCAGCAAAGAUGGGAACAGUUGGUACUAAGCAAUGCACAGAGAAAACAGAGGUUGUUGGAUUCCCUACAGCUACAGGAGUUUAAUCGUGAUGCUGCUGAGCUUUUGAUAUGGAUGGAAGAGAAGUACAAGAUUGCAUCAGAUGAAUCCUAUCGUGAUCCAACAAAUGUUCUGCGCAAACUGAAGUGGCAUGAGGCUGCUGAGAAGGAAAUGAUGGCUAAUGAGGAACACUUUGCAACACUGAUAAAGAAAGGAAAUCAACUGAUUCAAGAUGACCAUUAUGCAGCAGUUUCUAUCCAGAAGAAGAUGUCAGAGCUACAGAAGAAGUGGGAGAAAUUGUAUGGCAAGAUGAUAGAGCGAGGCGACAAGCUGAGACAAGCUGGGCAGCAAGAACAGCUCAUGGAACUGCUCCAGGAUGCUAAAAAGAAGAUAGAGAAAAUUGAGAAGGUUCUUCAGGAGUCAGAAACAGGCCAUGAUUUGCGCUCCAGCCGUGAUCUUCUCAAGCAGCACAAGCAGCUGGAAAACGAGACACGUGAGCUGGCAGAGAAAAUGAACUCUAUUGUGUCUCACGCAAGGAAAAUGGCCACCAAUCACUUUGACUCCCAGAGGAUUCUGGAUGAAACACAGAAGUAUCUGAAAAGAUUUGAGUCUUUGCAAGUACCUCUUGAUGAGAGGCAUAAAUUACUGGAAGCUGCAGUGGAUCUCUAUGAGUUCUAUCACUAUCAUGACAUGGAGCUGAACUGGAUUAACGAACGACUGCCUAUCGUCCAUUCUACCAACUAUGGGAAGUCUUUGGAUGUGGCUCAAAGCCUGCUGCAAAAACACAAGGAAUUGCAGGCAGAAGUAAAUGCCCACAAACAGCAAGUCCAGCGGGUUCUGGAUAAAGGGAGGACAAUGCUCGUGGGUCAGCACCCCUCGGCUCAGAAAAUAAGUGAGAAAUGCCAGGAGCUUGUGACUGCCUGGCAGGGUCUGGAGAAGGCCUGCGAGGAAAGGAUGAAGCAGCUGCAGCAUUCAGUUGGCUUCCAGGAGUUUUUAAUGAACACCUCAGACCUGGAGGCUUGGAUAGCAGAAAAACGUCCACUUGUGACAAGCAAGGAGUAUGGUAAGGACGAAGAUGGAACGCUGAAACUCCUCCAAAAACAUAAGGCACUGGAGCAUGAGAUUGCUGUUUACCAGACUUUGAUGAAAGAAAUGAGUGAAAGUGCCCAGCCUCUUUCUCUUGUGGGCUCCAUUCAGUAUGUUGAUGUUGAUGGCCCAAAGGACCAAGUUCACUCAAGACUCCAGGAGUUGCAGGAACUAGCAGCGGCAAGAGGGAAGAAGUUGAAUGAGACUCUUACCUUGCAUGAAUUCCUACGGGAAUGUGAAGAUCUGCAGGACUGGAUCACUCAACAGAAACAAAUGGCCAGCUCUGAAGACUAUGGAAAUGACUACGAGCAUGUCUUGCAACUUUGUGCCAAAUAUGACACAUUCCGACGCCAGUUGGAAGGAGCUGGGAAGAGAGUCGUGGCUUGCCAGCAGCAGGCAGAAAACUUGCUAAAUUGUGGUCAUUCUGAGUCCAGAGAAAUCCGGCAGAAGCAGAAAGAACUAAGGAACUCCUGGGAGGAGCUAUUGGAAAUUACCAGAUUACAAGGUGAGCGACUAAGAGAUGCUGAAAUGAUUCACAAGUGUUACCAAGACCUGGCAGAUGCUCUGGCCCAUAUUGAGGAAAAAUCCAAAAGUAUUCCAGAUGACGUUGCUAAGGACAUGAGAGGUGUGCAAGCCCAGCUCCGCAACCAUGUGGCCCUGGAGCAUGAGCUUAUUGGGAAUGAGCAGCAGCUGCAGGAGCUGAUUCACUUUGCAGAUCGUGUGCUGGCCCACUGCUCUAAGAAACAGGUGACAGACCUGAAAGCAAAGCAGCAGGCAAUAGUGAUAAACUGGAAGGCCCUGAAGUCUAAAGUGGAACUGCGCAAGGAACUUCUGGAACAAGCGUACAAGCUUUACCAGUUUCAAGCACAUGUGUGGGACUAUUUCUCCUGGGCAGCAGAAAUGAUAAGGGAAAUGAAAGCCAAGGAGACCAUUCGGGACAUAUCUACUAGCAGCCUGAGACUUUCCCAGCAUCAACAGCUAUUGGCAGAGAUUGAAGCACAAGAAGAGAAGUAUAACCAUGUUGUACAGCUAGGACAGUCACUCUUGCAAGAUGAGAAAAUAAGAACAAGAGAGAUUCAGCAGAAGCUACAGGCAUUGUUGGAAGAGAAGGAAAACGUAUACAAUGAAUGGAAACGGAAGAAGGAGUGGCUGGAGAAAAUACACCAAGAACAGAUGUUCUACAAGGAUUGGGAUCACCUGGACAAGCUCCUGAACUCACAGGAAAUUUACUUGAAAAGCAGUGACCUUGGAAGCUCUGUAGAUGAAGUGGAGCGACUGAUCAGGAAACAUGAAGCUUUUGAGAAACUGCUGGCUUCACAAGAUGAGAAGAUGAUGUCUCUUCAAGAACAGGCAAGCAAGCUAGAGAAGGCUGGUGGACUGGAAGGGCUAGAGAUCCAACACAAGCUGAAUGCCAUCGUCGAGAAGAAGCAGCGGAUCAAGGAUCUAUCCCAGAGCAGGAGGGAGAAGCUGCACACUGCCCUCCUCCUGGCAUUUUUCUACCAGAACCUGGCAGAGGCGGAAGACUGGAUCAGUGAGCGCAUGCAGAAGCUAGAGGAACCUUCCAUACAAGACCCCAGCAACCUGCACGACAAAAUGAAGCUGCUGCAGAAACAUCAAGUCUUUGAGGCAGAGAUUCUAGCAAAUGAAGAAAUCGUCACAGCUGUCAGUAAGAAAGGAGAAGCCCUUGUGUCAAAAGGCCACCCAAAAUCAGCAGAGAUCCGUCAUCAAGCCCGCAUGCUUCAGGAGCAUUGGGAGAUGUUGAAGAGAGCUGUUGCUGCCCGCGGAAAGAUGCUGGAGGAUAGCCGGGAUUUCCUGGAAUUUCUCCAGAAGGUAGACCAGGUGGAAGCCUGGAUCAGGGAGAAGGAAGUUAUGAUUAACAUAGGUGAUGUGGGAAAUGAUUAUGAACACUGCCUGCAGCUCACAAAAAAGCUGAAUGAGUUCCGUGGAGCAGCAUCAGGGGAGAUGACAGUGGAUGAUGCACACAUUAAGGCUAUCAAUGUCCUGGCCAUGAAACUGGAGAGACAGAACAAGGAAGAAACAAAGACAAUAUAUCAGCGCCGGAAGCAGCUUAAUGAGAAGUGGAACAGUUUCCAUGGUAACCUGAAUGCAUACAGAAAGAAGUUAGAGGGAGCCCUGGAAAUUCAUGCCUUAAUCAGGGAAAUCGAUGACAUCACAGAGAGAAUUAGUGAGAAGAGUGUAUUAAUACAAGCAUUGGAUUACGGGAAAGAUGUGGAAAGCGUGGAAAACCUGAUUCGAAGGCAUGAAGAGAUGGAGAGAGAAAUCAGCGUUAUUAAGUCCAAAAUGGAGCCAUUGGAAUUGGAAUCUUUCCACCUUUCCACAAGGAAUCCAUCCAUAAAUGACAAACUAACUAUGAAGCAACAUGAGAUGAAAAACAACUGGCUACAACUCCAGGGACAGGCCAAACAAAGGAAAGAGAAGCUGGCAGCCUCAUAUCAGUUGCAGAAGUUUAAUUUUGAGGUGAAGGAGAUGCUAGAUUGGACCCAAAACAUCAGAGGCUUAAUGGAAGCGGCGGGGCUUCCUAAAAGCCCAAAUGAAGCGGAAAGCAUGAUCGAAGAGCAUCAGGGGAGAAAGGAGGAGAUUGAAGCACGAGUGGAAAGAUUCAACUCUCUCAGUAGCUAUGGUCAGAAACUUGCCAGUUCUGGCCACUAUGCAACCCCUGAGAUUCACCAGUCCCUCUCCAGACUACAGCAAGCCUGGUCUGAAUUGAUCCAAGCAUGGCAGGAGCAAUAUUUAAAAUUAUUUGAGGCCCAAGAUUUACAGAAAUUCUAUGGCUUUGUGGAACAGACUGAGAGCUGGCUCAGCAGCAAGGAGGCUUUCCUAGCCAACGAGGACUUAGGGGACUCAGUGUCUAGUGUGGAGAGCCUACAGCGGAAACACAUGCAGUUUGAGAAAGCCCUGGAAGCUCAGAUGGAGAAAAUUGAUGAGAUGGCUUCAUUUGCUCAGCAGCUAACGCAAAACAAGCACUAUGACUCAAACAACAUCACCAACAGAUGCCAGGCCAUUCUGAGGAGGAAAGAGAAACUGCUGGAGAAUGCUGCUGCUCGCAGACGUCUGCUAGAGGAAUCAAGGCUUCUGCAGAAGUUGCUGAGGAAUUCCUUUGAGGUGGCUGCUUGGAUCAAUGAGAAGAAUAGUAUUGCCCAGGAUGACAGCUGGAAGGAUCCAAGCAACCUGCAGACCAAACUGCAGAAGCACCAGACUUUCCAAGCAGAGAUCAUGGCCAAUCGAAAUCGCCUGGACUCCAUCAGAUCUGAAGGGGAGAAGAUGCUCCGUGAGAGGCACUAUGCCCCUGAGGCCAUUCGGUCCAGAUUGCAAGAAAUGGAAGAGCUAUGGGAUGAACUGCUAGCAAGCUGCCAGGAUAAACAGGCCAAGCUGCAAGAUGCAUACAAGGCCCUUCAUUUCCAGCGGAGUGUAGAGGACAUGGAGAAAUGGCUGGAAGAUGUAGAAAAUGAGCUGAAAGCACCAUAUAGUAGCAACGAUCUGGUGGUUUUGAACAGUCAUCUGAAGAAACAAGAGGAACUGGAGGAAGAUAUUGCUGGCCAUAGGGACCGGCUGCAGGAGCUUGUGACUACAGCUCAGGAAUUCCAGCAGGAGAAGCAUUUCCUUGCUGAUGAGCUUGAAGACAGAGUAGAUCAGCUGGUGCAGAGAUACAAAAGUCUACGUGAUCCACUGCAGGAGAGACGUGGGAGUUUGGAGGCAAGCAGACUUCAGUACCAGUUCUUCCGAGAUGUUGAUGAGGAGUUGGCCUGGGUUCGUGAGAAGCUCCCAAUGGCUUCCUCCAGAGAUUAUGGCCAAUCCCUAGCAACCGUUCAGAGUCUACAAGAAAAGCACCAGAUUUUGGAGAAUGAGAUAAAUAGUCGGGAUGCUUUGACCAAAGUGGUGCUCAGUACAGGACAGAAACUGGUAAGGGGAGGCCACUCAGCCUCCCGCAAGAUUAUGGAGCAUCUGAAGGAGCUGGAGACAUCUGUAGAAAACUUGAAGGCAGAGGCUCAGGGGAGGAGACAGAGGCUCGCGCAAUCCUAUGAGGCUCAUCAGUACCUUACUGAGCUACUGGAGGUAGAGGCCUGGCUGGCAGAGAGAGGCUUCAUCCUGGAGACCUCUGAUUAUGGGAAGAAUGAAGAAUCCACCCAGGCUUUACUUCGUAAACUUGAAGCCACCAAGCUGGACAUGGAGGGUUUCAGGCCCCGGAUUGAGAAAGUACAGGAGACAGGCACCAGCUUAAUAAACAAAGACAACCCGGAGAGCUCCGCCAUACUUUCGAAGCUCCAAGGGAUCCUAGCAGACUAUCAGUCUCUCCUACAGAAGGCUGAGACCCAGAGAAAGUGUCUGCAAGAACAAUUCCAGCUGUAUCAGUUUGAAAGAGAAUUCCAGCUGGUGAAAGCCUGGCUUUCCAGUAAGCAGUCUGUGGCAGAGUCUGAUGACUAUGGGCAGGACUUGGAUGAUGUUGAGGUGUUGGAGGAGAAAGAGGGCCACAGCAAGACAGAAGUUAUCCAGAAGAGAGCAAAGCAAAUCAAUGAAAUGUGGGAGGAACUAUGCCAUGCCAUCCAGACAAGGACAGAGAACCUAAGAGCAGCCCAGCAAGUUCAUCAGUAUGAUCAUGACGUGGAUGAAGUAAAAGGCUGGAUGCAGGAGAAAGAGGCCGUGGUGGACAUAGAAGAUUAUGGAUAUGACCUUCCAGGCGUACAGACACUUCUCAGCCAGCUUGAGGGAGUUGAGAGAGAUCUAGGAGCCAUCAUGAAAGAGCUGGAGCGGAUUCGUGGAGAGGCUUGGCACCUCAGCCGCACUUAUCCUCAAGUGAAGGAGAACAUUAUGGAGAGACUCACAGAUGUGGAUGAAUGCUGGGAAAACCUGGGCCAGAAGUUCCUGGAGAGGAAAGCAAGACUGAGCCAGGCAGAACAAGUCCAGCUCUACUUCAAUGACUGCAGGGAGCUGAUGGCCUGGGCCAAUGAGAUGCAUGCACUUGUGAUAUCUGAGGAAUUGGCAAAUGAUGUCUUGGGAGCUGAGCUGCUUAUCAAGCGUCAUGAGGAAUACAAGCGUGAGAUAGAGAAGCAGUGGCUAAAAUAUGAAGAAAUGCAACAGGCAGGAGAUGACCUGAUGAAGAAUGGACAUUUCAUGUCUGUGGAGAUUGAAGAAAAAUUGUUAGAGCUGUCAGAGCUGAUGAAGAAGGUAAAGGAGAGUUGGGAAAUGAGGAAGGAGUUGUAUGAAGAGAACUGGGAGAUUCAAUUGCUCCGGCGAGAGCUAGAACAAGCAGAAGCAUGGCUGGCUGCCAAGGAGAGCUUUCUUUCAGAUCCUAGCUACGGGGACUCAGUGUCCGAAGUGGAGAAGCUACUGAAGAAACACCAGGAUUUUGAGAAGAUGCUUGCAGCUCAGGAGGAGAAAUUUGCUCAGCUCAACAGGAAAACUAAGAGGGAGAUGAAUCUUCUGAAACAAACUGACCCAGAAGAGAAUGAUUCAAAGGAUAAAGGCAAAAUCAUACGGGUUCCCUCUCUGAAAAGAAAGACAUCUGACAAAAGGAGUCCAUCGCCAAGAGUGAUAGAGAUAAAGAGCACAAAGCCACCGCCAACUGCGCCCUUACCCAGCCUGGCCUUGAGAGUUCCCCUGGAAACUAUUUUCUCCCCCAUCGAAAAGUCUCCAGCAGCAUUUCAAGCAUUCAGCGCUGGAGGAGUCCCAGAGGCGCGAGGCAGCACCAAAACAGAGAUGAAAGUUGAGAGGAGGCUUAAUGAGACUAUCCCUCCACCUACACCAAAGCCAAUGGGUCCAGGAGCUACGUCUUUGGAAAGUCAAAGUUCUCUAACCUCUCCUUUAUCUCCUGCGCCCAUAAACGAGCGACACAGCAGCAGUUUGUUGGAAUCAUAUUCCUCAAGCCUUUUGUCACCCCAAGAUAAAAAUGCUGGAGGGUCCUCCUUCUCUGACCUGCAGACAAAAGUAGUGACGACUCCACCUGAGCCUGGCCAAAGGUCACAAGCUAAAUCAUCAAAUUUAUUGCUGUCUGGUUCCUCUCAGGAGAGAUUAGAGAAUGCAUCUUUGGUUUCUGCAAGUCUCCAGAGCAUGGAGGGAUUCCUCGAAAAGAGAGACCAGCUCCUUCCGGGAAGGCACCAGCCAGGCUCAAGGUCUUGGAAAUCCUUCUAUGUGAAACUUGAUGGGCUCAAACUUGAUUUCUAUAAUGAUGAUAAAGAAGCCUUUCAGAACGUAUCCACACUUCUGUCCCUCAACAUUGCUGGCGCCACAUGUGAGAGGCUGAUAAAGUACGUGAGGAAAGAGAACAGCUUCAUGUUACGGCUGAGAGAUGGGGCAGAGUAUUUCUUUGCAGCGCCUUCUCAGAUGGUGAUGGAGGACUGGCUGCAAUCACUACAGAGUAAUAUAGGACACAGUAACAGAGCAGACUCCAGGGCAAAGGUGCAGCCUUUCGUUCCAAACACAGAGACCUCUCAGACAAGAUCGUGGGACUUUCCAAACAGAGACUCUGCUGAAAGACUAACCAGCAAAAGCUCACUCCUGAGGAGAACACCUUCCUUCAAAAUCAAACCGGAGAAAGAGCCUGCAGAAUUUUCCAGAGAUUUUAAGGAAGACGGGACUGCAGUAACACGAGCCUCCAUCACCACUCUGAGACCAGAACAAAGUGGUAAUAAAAAAAAUCUGCCUCUAUCUCUGCUAGAAGUAGGAAGAGAAAAGUGACAUUUGCCCCAAUGAACACCAGACCCUUCAUCACUGCAUCUUAACCCAGCCCUCUGGAAAUGUAUUGGUACAUUUUAACUUAAUUACUUCCCUUAGGACUUAUUUUAAUUACCUAUUAAACCUAGUAAAGCCUUUAAGUAUAACUAAACAUGGCUGCCUCUGGUAUACUUUUGUGAUACAAUGCCUCCAUCGUUCAUCAUAUC